CUCUCUCCGAGGCAUUUCACUGACGAGAGAGCGCAACGGCUGUCGGGUUCAGUUUGCCAAGGAUAACCUGGCCCGCAGGGAUAGAUCAUCCUGCUGACUCCAUAAGAGGAGGCAUCGGGCGAGUUGUUGCAUCUGCUGUGAGCGUAUGCCGCCACGGCAGUCGUGCUGUCCGACCGGACUAGUACGUAGUCCUGCACUAGAGGUCUAGUGCCAAGGGGACUGCCAAAAACUCUAGGCAGUAGGGAACCCGUCACUGCGCGCUACUGCCCGUUGCACACUACACCCUACCCCGCAGGGAGGCGCUUGACGCUUUGUACCUGCCCGAGCGGGCCUGCUCGGAGAAGGGUCAGAUCUGACCAGGGUUUGGGGUGUGUAGACACUGAGGCGUAGCCUAACCCACCUGGUGCCGGUGUGCCGCCAUGCCAGGAACCUGACUCUGAGGCCAGUGUUGAAGUGGCUGUGCGUGCAUCAACUCAAGCGGAUUAUCCGUCGAGGAUGCCACGCCAGGAGCCUCAGAAGUGAUCAGCGGGACCCGGAGUCCGGCUGCCCAAUUCAUCCAGUUCAACACCUACUGCAGAAACUCGUUUGGUGAGCAUGCUGCAGAAGGGCAGAGUCUAGUUCCACACCGAGAUAAGAGGACCUCCCGCUCUUUGCGGAGAGCUUGCCCUUUCCCAGUUAACCCAUAGGCCAGAAGGUCUAGGUGCCGAAGCACAAGGUCCCCAUGACCGUGAGUGGAGACAGGGACCGACCUAGUACUGAUACGUUCUUCCUUCAACACGAAAUAUCGCAGAAGGAAGGAGACGUAAGAGUAAGGGUCCUACGGGUUGAUUGCCACAACCAAACUUGUCGCCAAGAUGCGCUUGUGUAUCAGCUCGAUACAGAGAGGGGCGCCGCCCCCCCCCAUUAAAGGCACUGUGAAGUCCGGCCCGAAAGGCAUCUCGGUUAGAGGUACAGGUUCGACCGCACUUCCCACCAGAAGCAGCAACCUCGGCCUGAGCACGGGUGCUUCCCCCUUAGGAGAAUGCCCCGAACUUGGCUGUAGCCUGGCGAAAAUGGAUCGCAUAACCGAGAUGGAUUGUCCUCUAGCUUGCGUCACGGCAGGUGCCGUGGUUGCGAAACCGGAGGAUGAUCUGCUUCACCGUGCCAGGGAGGCUGGUUAGUGGCUGACAGAGUGGUCACCUACACAGGGUGGGACCCCGGAGAGGUUGACUGCUCUGCCUACUUACCUGCUUAGUGUUACCGCCGGCUGACGCAACGUCAUGUGUAGAUUGCGGAAAGUAGCUAUAUCACUGGGGGAAGCCCGGAGAGGGAGAGUACUCUCCAUCUCCAUGGCUUUUCUGUCAGGGCCGCUCUGAGGCGGUUACUCAACAGGGUAGAGGCCUCCUCCUGCGUGGCUCCACAUCUCUGACGGGCCAUCCUUGGAGGGCCCAGUAUCAGAGGGGCAACUGCGGGGAGGCGGGGCUGAUGGAGGGCAGGCUGUGCGUAGGACCUCAGCAUCCAUAGAUGGUCGGAUCACGGAACAAUCUGCUUCUUUACCAUAGAAUAUCUCCACAGUGUCACCAUCCAGCCCAAGAAGGCGGACCUUCCGAGAUUCAUCGCGCAAGGUUGAGCUACAGAUCCAUGUACCAGUAUCGUGGACAUCGUCCAACCCAGGGCACACACCCAGACCUUCGUCGCUCGAGGUGCGAGGCCUGUGGCCGUGCGCAGCCGGUUCAACCUUCCCAUCAACCAGAUCCAAAUGCUCUGGCAUAUGACCCAAUGGGUCGCCAUAACGUUUUGGACCCUAUUGACCGCCAUAGCGUGGAGGGUGAAAGCAGUUUGUGAGACUUUGUCGACUCCUCGAAGUGGCAGCAUCCGCUAGCCCACCUGGGUGGUCAACAUAGCACUUAACUACCUCACUGUCCAGGAAAGUAAUAACUUCCUGAGCCUUUCAACAACGUCGAGAGACCGACUGAAGGGGAACUGAGGUCGUAAUACAGGUAGAAUAUAUCCCACGUAUUAAACAGCUAUGGUUAUCUAUGGUUUUAUUGGUGAAUAUUAAACUAAACCCAUCAAGAUGACUCACAGCACCCGCAUGGCCCUGUGUGUUAGUUUAUAAAGAGCACUUACACAUGUAUAACGUUAUAGUUUAUAGCCACUGGAGUCAAAGAUUGAAAUUGUGAAAUUACUGCUUGAAAUCAAAUUUGAUGUUCCUUAUCUCAUAAUUAUAUUCAGAAGACUUUAGGCUAGUUUUCUCAGACUAUUUUUACAAACAUCAUAAUACAUCUAAAAAUAUUCAAGUAUUCUGAAAACCAAUUUCAGUCGUUCACAGAAAUAACUGUACAAAAUACUGAAAGGGAUUUAAGUGGUCUCUAAACUGUGAGGCUGUGUAUUUGAAAUAUAUAUGUAUUAGAAUGUGUAUGUCCAUCGCUGGUUAUGUCUUACAUUUCAUUUAAAGUGGCAUUAAAAUGGUCUUAAAAAUGUAACUGUCUUAUAUCUGUAGACAACCUGGUGACACAAAAUUCAUCAAAGAGGAGAGUGAAGACAUGAGUGUUACAGACAUCAGCACAAUGAAAAAUGAAGAUGAUGCAGAACAAAGAGACAUAAUGGAACCGGAAGAAACAACGGUAUCAGUAUGUCCUCAUUGUGGAAAGAGAUUAAGAAGUGAAGAGCAGCUUGUGAAGCACAUAAGAAUCCACACUGAAGAAAAGCCCUUUACCUGCCCUCAGUGUGGAGAGAGUUUCACAUACAAAAGUUUUCUUAAGACACACAUGAGAAUUCACACAGGAGAAAAGCCAUUCACAUGUCUGCAUUGUGGAAAAGGUUUCACACAAAAUGGUGUUCUUAAGAACCACAUGAGGAUUCACACUGGAGAACGGCCAUACACAUGUGUUCAGUGUGGAAAGAGUUUCACAUACAAAAAUGUUCUUGAGAAACACAUGAGAACUCACACUGGAGAAAAGCCGUAUCCACGCGUUCAGUGUGUAAAGAUUUUCACACAAAAAUGUCAUCUAGAGGACCACAUGAGAACUCACACUGGAGAAAAUCAGUAUCCAUGUGUCCAGUGUGGAAAGAGUUUCACACAAAAAUGUCAUCUAGAGGACCACAUGAGAAUUCACACUGGAGAAAAGCCGUUCACAUGUGCCCAGUGUGGAAAGAGUUUCACACAAAAAUGUCAUCUAGAGGACCACAUGAGAACUCACACUGGAGAAAAGCCGUAUCCAUGUGUUCAGUGUGGAAAGAGUUUCACACAAAAAUGUCAUCUAGAGGACCACAUGAGAACUCACACUGGAGAAAAGCCGUAUCCAUGUGUUCAGUGUGGAAAGAGUUUCACAAACAAAAUUCAUCUAGAGGUCCACAUGAGAAUUCACACAGGAGAAAAUCCAUUCACAUGUCUGCAUUGUGGAAAAGGUUUCACACAAAACAAUGUUCUUAAGAACCACAUGAGGAUUCACACUGGAGAAAAUCCAUUCACACGUGUUCAGUGUGGAAAGAGUUUGAAACAAAAAACUCAUCUAGAGGACCACAUGAGAAUUCACACUGGAGAAAAGCCAUUCACAUGUGUUCAGUGUGGAAAGAGUUUCACACAAAAAACUCAUCUAGAGGAACACAUGAGAAUUCACACUGGAGAAAAGCCAUUCACAUGUGUUCAGUGUGGAAAGAGUUUCACACAAAAAACUCAUCUAGAGAACCACAUGAGAAUUCACACUGGAGAAAAGCCAUUCACAUGUGUUCAGUGUGGAAAGAGUUUCACACAAAAAACUCAUCUAGAGGAACACAUGAGAAUUCACACUGGAGAAAAGCCAUUCACAUGUGUUCAGUGUGGAAAGAGUUUCACACAAAAAACUCAUCUAGAGAACCACAUGAGAAUUCACACUGGAGAAAAGCCGUAUCCAUGUGUUCAGUGUGGAAUGUGUUUCGCAUACAAAAAUGUUCUUACGACACACAUGAGAAUUCACACUGGAGAAAAGCCAUUCACAUGUGUUCAGUGUGGAAAGAGUUUCACACAAAAAACUCAUCUAGAGAACCACAUGAGAAUUCACACUGGAGAAAAGCCAUAUGCAUGUGUUCAGUGUGGAAAGUGUUUUACACAAAAAAGAACUCUAGAGGACCACAUGAGAACUCACACUGGAGAACGGCUGUACCCAUGUCUUCUGUGUAAAAAAAGUUUUGCGAACAAAAGUGUCCUGAAGCAACACAUGAGCAUUCACACUGGAGAGCGGCCGUACACCUGUCCUCAGUGUGAAAAGAAUUUCAUUAGAAAAGGUCAUCUAGAGUCCCACAUGAGAACACACACAGCAGAGCGUCCAUACCUAUGUUUUCAGUGUGAAAAGAGUUUCUCGAAAAAAAGUCUUUUUGAGUCCCACAUGAGAACUCACACUGGAGAGCGUCCAUACUCGUGUGUUCAGUGUGGAAAGAGUUUCACAAAAGAAAAAGUUCUUGAGAAACAUAUGAGAGUUCACACUGAGCGCUCAUAACAAUGGCUCUGUUCACACUGUCAGUGUUUGAAAUUGUCUUUACAGAUGUGAUGUGAGUCUUAAAUGUUCUGUUCACACUGUCAGUGUUUGAAAAUUGUCUUUACAGAUGUGAUGUGAGUCUUUACAUGUUCUGUUCACACUGUCAGUGUUUGAAAUUGUCUUUACAGAUGUGAUGUGAGUCUUUAUGUGUUCUGUUCACACAGCAGCUCACAGCUGAAAUACUGUCUGUGUUCUGUUCCUGUGUCACUCCUGAAAACCAUAGUAAAAGAGUUUUAAAUGUAACGUUUGUGUGCCAUCAGUUUUUUUCCGUCUUAUCUUUUUACAGUCCCACCACUGAUCAUCAAUAUCUGUUGUAAUGUUUACUGUAUUUUUUAUCCUUAUUUUUUAGCUUAUAGUGUAAAUAUUCAAACACUAUUCACUUAUUUCACCUCACUGAAAAUGAACCUUUUGUUUUGCAUUUGCACUGUUGCCUUGUUUUAAAGCCGAACAUGUUUAAGAGUAUGUAACAUGAGAUCAUGAAAAUGACAUUUCAUGCAGUCUGUUAUGUUGCCGUAUUUUAAAGUAAGAUGUCUGCCAAGUUGUAAGUCUGAAGGUGAAUAAAUAAAAAAGU